AUGGAUCCCUUCCGGGUCCGCCUCAACUGCAUCGACCAUUACCAGGCCGUGCCCCUGGACGAGUUUGACCCGCCCGUUCCCCAAGAUGUCGCGACAACCGGAAAUGCUGCCAGAGACCGACCUCGAAUCUCGGUCAUCCGCGUCUUUGGCGCAACCGAGACAGGCCAAAAAGUGUUGAUGCACAUUCACGGCGCGCUCCAAUAUACUUACAUCGAGUACAGCGGCAGUCUUGUGCGUGAAGAUGUGGACGUGGCGAUCCGGACACUCCAACUCUCGAUCGAUCAUGCUCUCGCCGUGAGUUACCGCAAGAACAUAUACGAGGGAAAGCAUCGCUAUGUGGCGCACAUUUCGCUGGUCAAGGGGAUUCCCUUCUACGGGUUCCACGUGGGGUAUCGGUUCUACCUUAAGAUCUACCUCCUCAACCCUCUGCACAUGACCAGAUUGGCCGAUCUGUUGCGCGAAGGGGCGGUCAUGAAACGGGUUUUGCAACCGCACGAAAGUCACCUGCAGUAUCUUGCGCAGUGGAUGUGUGAUUACAAUCUCUAUGGGUGCGGGUAUAUUGAGUGUGAGAAAUUCAAGUUUCGAGGCCCGGUGCCGAGAUACCAUGAGAUGAAUAGUCUUUUGCAUCAGUGGCACGAUCACUCUAUUCCUCCGGAGUUUGUGUCCGAUGAGGCGGCGCUGCCUAAACAGAGUCAUUGCGCCCUCGAGGUCGAUGUGCAUGUCAAGGAUAUCCUCAAUCGACGCGACGUCCACGCGCGAGAGUUACAUCAUGAUUUCGUUGAACGGACCCAUCCUUUGCCCGCCGAUGCGAAACUUGUCCAGUCUAUGGCCGGCUUGUGGAAGGAUGAGACGCGCCGGAGGAAGUUAAGAAUGGGUAUCAAGGAUAAUAAUAGCAGUCCGUUCCCGCCAGAGGUCUUGGUUUCCAUGUCGGCUGACCCAAGGAAUACUUCUGCUGGCGGGUGGAUUCAUGAGGAGGAAUUUCGCCAGAAGGUCGAAGAGAUCGCCAAUGAAGAACGUGUCAAGGGCGGACAAUCGAAAGUGUCUUUUGAGACGUUUGUCAAAUCCACUGCUUUGGAGGCCAGUGUCCAGACGGCAUUGGGGAGUGUCGAGGAUCUGUAUCCGCAUAAUAUGCGUUCGAAACAGCUUGCCGGAGCGACAGAUGGAUUGGGGAUGACCACGAAUGGCGACCAGGACGUCCUUGAACAACAGAGCCUCGUUGAUGAAGAGCAGGCGGAGCACAUAGCAGACACUUCAGAACCAAGCUUUGGUGAUCAACAGGUGUCCGACGAUGGUAGUUCUGGUCUGGGCAAAAGCGGUGGCAGUUCAGAUCCGGUAAAUGGUCAGUCGAACGGGCAUUUAAUGGCUCCCAUCAGCCCUUCGGAAUAUGAGCAAUAUGGCAUUCGAGCGGCAGGGAACGUUGAACGUCUAGACAGAGACGCUUUCGAAGUACCGGAAGACUAUCUGAAUCAAGAGCCUGCCUCACCAAACAGGCCCAAGCGUAUGAGAUUCGCCAGCGUCCCAAGUUUCAAGCCCAGAAAACGGCGCAAACAGCUAGUUGACGAUGAGAACGUCCUGCCUGAUGUCAGCUUCUCAGGCUCCGAUGAGGAUCCAGAUUUCGUGUCUGACCAGUACGAUUCCGAAGCCGGGGCAGAACCGACCGCUGAAGAACUGCGAAGAAUUCGAUUACCUAGCAGCACGCCCUAUCGACCGCCGGCCAGCUCCCAAGCGCCCAGGAGCUUGAACAAGUCUGACGACGAAGGUGCUGCUCCCCCAAAUCUAUCGCAACAGUCGACGCUGUCUUUUCCCACAGUAAAGAAUCCGAAUGACCCAAGCACGAUCCUUCGGUUGAGCCAAAAGAGCGUCGGUUCUGCUAAAUCGUCACAGCCGUCUGAUGUCAAGCCACCAAUAUCCCCGGUUCUGGCCAAGAGUCCGGCUCGAAAUGGUAACCAUAUCUCGUCAAAAGCCUCUCAUAUCGAACCACAGACUUCUCCGGUGCUACCCAAGACCCCAGGUUCUAAAGGCGUUCAAGAUUUGUCGAGGCGAUCUGAUACCAAAUCAUCUACCUCUCCGGCACUGCUCAGAACACCGGCUUCAAAAAGUAUUCAAACCUCGUCACAGCCCACGCUUGUGCCACCCGCCACCGGCGGCAGCGUCAAGUCCACGAGCCCUGAACUCUUGACGAUAAAAGGUCUGCCCUCAGGACGACCUGGAACUCACUGGCAAGCUUUUCAGGCUCGCCCACCAGGUUAUCAAGAGGUGGAGAAAAGUUUGGGACAAUACGGACUUCCUGACGUGAUCUACCAAGACGCAUACUACAGCAAUGAGAGCGACGUCCCCGAGCAGAGCCGCGAGUAUGCAGGGCGCGAGUUCAAGCUUGAAAGCACAACCGUGCCGUAUCUGCCAGAUUUUGACCCCACUGGCACAUCACCAGCCACAUUCGGCCGGAAACCGCCGACACUGCUCGACGUGACGGGCGAAGGCAUCCGGGAGAACCAGAGACGGAAGCGCUGCCGGAUCUCCGAAUGGGUGAUCUGUGAACCACCUCCACGUAAGGCUGAGGUUUUGAGUUGGCUCGAUCAAGAACGUAAACGCCAGCAGCAGCAGCAUCAGGCCGGUAUAAGUGACCGACAGUCGCGGAAGGUACUUUCCCAGAUUGAUGGGCCGACGCAAAAGAACAAAUAUGGAUUCAAGUACUCGCAAAAGCAAGUCAGUACCAGCGUGCAGCAUGAAACCCAAUACAUGAGCAUCAUGACUUUGGAGGUGCACGUCAACACUCGCGGCUCGCUCGCACCCAAUCCGGAGGAGGAUGCGGUGUCAUGUAUCUUCUGGUGCUUGCAGACGGAUGAUGAGGAUGUGGAGGCAAACAUGACAAAAGGAAGUAAAGAAGGGACGCACAUGGGAAUCAUAGCGGUCGGAGAUCAGGCGCAUAUUGCGAAACGGAUCGGCCGGACAGUGCCUUACGACGUGGAAGAAGAGGAGACCGAACUGGACGCUCUUACGCGGUUGGUGGAUAUUGUGCGACACUACGACCCGGACAUUCUGACAGGCUACGAGGUGCACAAUAGUUCGUGGGGGUAUCUGAUCGAACGGGCGCGGGUCAAGUAUGAUUUGAACUACUGCGACGAGCUGUCGCGGAUGAAGGCGCAAUCUCACGGGCGGUUUGGCCGCGACGAUGACCGCUGGGGGUUCAACCAUACAUCGACGAUUCGAGUCACCGGCCGCCAUACGAUCAACAUCUGGAGAGCCAUGAGAGGGGAGCUCAACCUGCUCCAAUACACUAUGGAGAACGUGGUGUAUCAUUUGUUACAUCAACGGAUCCCGCAUUACGCCUUUGUUGAUCUGACGCGGUGGUAUCGGAGCAAGAACCCGCGGAAUCUGGCCAAAGUGGUCGAGUACUUUUGCUCGCGGGUCCAGAUGGACAUUGAGAUCUUGGAUGCCAACGAGCUGGUUCCUCGGACGAGUGAGCAGGCUCGGUUGCUCGGCGUGGAUUGGUUCUCGGUGAUCUCGCGCGGAUCGCAAUUCAAGGUGGAGUCUUUGAUGUUUCGUAUCGCGAAACCCGAAAACUUCAUCUUGGUGUCGCCCAGUCGGCGCCAGGUGGGCGGCCAGAAUGCCCUUGAAUGCCUGCCGUUGGUGAUGGAGCCUCGGAGCGACUUCUACACCAGUCCCCUGUUGGUGCUGGACUUCCAGUCUCUAUAUCCAAGCGUGAUGAUCGCGUACAACUACUGCUAUUCGACGUUCCUGGGGCGGGUCGUAAGCUGGCGAGGAACCAACAAGAUGGGCUUUACUGACUACCGUCGCGAGCCCCGGCUGCUGGAGCUAUUGAAGGAGCAUAUCAACAUUGCCCCCAAUGGCAUCAUGUACGCGAAACCGCAUAUCCGGAAAUCACUGCUGGCCAAGAUGUUAAGUGAAAUUCUCGAGACGCGCGUCAUGGUCAAGAGCGGCAUGAAGGUCGACAAGGACGACAAGACUCUGCAGCGGCUACUGAACAAUCGGCAACUGGCCCUCAAACUCAUCGCCAACGUCACGUACGGAUAUACGUCGGCGUCGUUCUCGGGUCGCAUGCCCUGUUCUGAGAUUGCCGACAGCAUUGUCCAGACAGGGCGGGAGACGCUCGAGAAGGCCAUUGCGCUGAUUCACUCGGUCGACCGGUGGGGCGCCGAAGUCGUCUACGGCGACACCGACAGUCUGUUUGUGUACUUGAAGGGCCGUACGCGAGACCAGGCGUUCGACAUUGGCGAGGAAAUCGCUGCGGCAGUGACCAACAUGAACCCGCGGCCCGUCAAGCUCAAGUUUGAGAAAGUGUACCAUCCGUGCGUGUUACUGGCCAAGAAGCGAUACGUCGGGUUCAAGUACGAAUCCCGAAAUCAAACCGUGCCGGACUUUGACGCCAAGGGGAUCGAGACGGUGCGUCGGGAUGGCACACCAGCGGAACAGAAGAUCGAAGAGACUGCGCUGAAGUUGCUGUUUCGCACAGCCGACCUUAGCCAGGUGAAACGGUUCUUUCAGGCGCAAUGCGCAAAGAUCAUGCGCGGCAAUGUCUCAAUCCAGGAUUUCUGUUUUGCCCGCGAGGUCAAGCUUGGCACGUACAGUGACAAAGGCCCGCCACCGCCGGGCGCCUUGAUCAGUGCUCGAAGAAUGAUGCAAGAUCCCCGGCUGGAACCGCAGUAUGGCGAACGCGUGCCGUACGUUGUUGUGACUGGCGGGCCGGGAGCCAGGUUGAUCGAUCGGUGUGUCGCGCCUGAAGUGCUGCUAAAUGAUCCGCACGCCGAGUUGGAUGCCGAGUACUACAUCUCGAAGAAUAUCAUUCCACCGCUCGAACGCAUUUUCAACCUCGUCGGCGCCAAUGUUCGGCAGUGGUACGAUGAAAUGCCAAAGUAUCAGCGUAUCAGACGGGUUGAGGGUGUGGUAGACAAUCAAAAGAGGGUCACUCUCGAGUCGUACUUGAAGUCGUCGACGUGUUUGGUCUGUCGAGAACUGUUGGAUGGUGAAACCAGAGCUAAUACUAGUGCUCCUGCGGCAACUUCCUCCUCGUCUUUGGGACUUUUGUGUUCGACAUGUCGACGGAAUUCGUCAAACAGUAUCUUGACGUUGCGGGCGCGGUUGGUCCAAACUGAGCGCAAGGUCGUCCAGCUGGCUAAAGCCUGUCGCUCGUGUUCUGGCCUGGCCUGGAACGAGGAAGUCAAGUGCGACAGUAAGGAUUGUCCGGUGUUUUACUCGCGAACACGCCAGAAUGUCGCUCUGGCCAACGAGCAGGCUCAGCUGCGUCCGGUGCUGGAGGAUUUGGAGAGACAGGAUGAUUUGGCUGAUGGGUUGGAUUGGUGA